AAGACGGACGGUGAGCCAAGAAGAAAAGGGCUGCCCUCCCAGCUGACCACCAGCUCCCUCUUCCCGCUGCAGAAGGUCGAGUGACUCUAAUGUCAUUUGACAACAACAGGAAGGGGAAUACUAUUAUACACUUUUGACAUAUAUACUAAACGCUUGAGAAAUGGAAUAACACAAGUGCGUAUGGUAAUAACGUAAACGCGGCCACAGGUCGUGGGAAUCAGAAUAGUUUAUAAAGGCUAAGCUAGCCGCCGGUGGCUAGUGUCUCGGCUGAUAAGGCGUAAUGCACCGUGUCGGCUGAUAGUCGGAUCAGCAGUGAUUGUGACAGGACUGGGGGUCUCCUGACUGGAACGAGGAUAGGAUACCUUCUAGAAGUCAGUUUCCAUGGCAGUCCCGGCUAGUUUACGUCGUUUACCCAUGGGUGUGCGAACAUUCAGUGAGUUUCUAGAGAUCGCCACCCUGGGCUCCCACCAGUCAUGCCGCACCGUGGGCUCCAGAGAGCGCCUCCGCCAGAACAUCAGACAUUUGUCCUCCUGUGGCAUCCUAAUGACCAGAACUCCCAGAGUGCUUUGCCUCAAAGACUCUGAAACGAUGGCAGCUCUUCCUCAAAGCAGAGGCUUCAUCAGCUUCACCAACAAACGGAAGGAGUACUCGGAGCGCAGAAUACUUGGGUACUCCAUGCUGGAGAUGUACGAAGUGGUCUCCAAUGUGGACGAGUACAAGCUCUUUGUGCCCUGGUGUACAAAGUCCCAGACCAUCAUGAAAAGAGCAGGCCACGCCAAAGCUCACCUUGAAGUGGGGUUCCCGCCAGUGGUAGAGAGAUACACAUCUAUGAUCACCAAUGUCAGGCCCCAUCUUGUUAAGGCUGUGUGUACGGACGGGAAGCUGUUCAAUCACCUGGAAACAAUAUGGCGCUUCAGUCCUGGCAUCCCCGGCUACCCCCGCACCUGCACUGUAGACUUUUCAAUCUCCUUUGAGUUCCGCUCCCUCCUGCACUCCCAGCUGGCCACGGUGUUCUUCGACGAGGUCGUGAAGCAGAACGUUGCCGCCUUCGAGCGGCGCGCAGGCAAGCUGUUCGGCCCGGAGACGCGCAUCCCACGGGAGCUGAUGUUCCACGAGGUGCACCACACGUGAGGCUGCCCCCCCCAUCCGCCCUCCUCCAGCCUUACCAACACCAAACAAACCUUAGUCCCUCGACACACACACUCUCACUCAGAUCUGCAUGACGCCCUCCCACUGUUGUUGUCCUUCUCCACGAAGAACGAGCAGCAGAACGCUCCGAUAUCGCUCACAAAGGAUGAGUCGACGCAACGCUCAUUCCUGCACCAAACCCGGGCUCAUCACAUUAUUUAUUUUCAAAUUGGCCAACUGAGUGUUAUUUUCCACUUACCUCUACUGUAAGGUUCUUCUUUUGCAGGUAAAACCGUGCGCUGUUACAAACUUCUUCUACUUAAAUCCAGCAUCCUCUCCCCCAGAAUAUCGCCUGUUACUUGAUCCUUAAGUAAUAUACAAAUGAAUGGCAGUGAGUCAAAUAUUGGCAUUCUUUGACAAUAUAAUAACACACAUGAUAUGUAAUGUAUUUGAAAGUUACACCCGUUGAGGCUGACUUGUUGCUAUUCUGUUCACACUGUAGCUGGAAACAGCCAACAGCGGGGCCAGAAUCUCACUCCCUAGCAACCAUCUUUUUAUAGUUGGGAUCUAACUCUUCUGUUUAGAUUUUAGCCUCCGCUUAUCGCAUUAGGGAAUUUCAUUGAUAUAUAUUAUUUAUGUUUCAAGCAGAGUUUUAAUAAGAUGAUGUUAUUGAGCUUGGUUGUAUGCCGACAGAUAUUGGGUUUUAAUUUCAUACGUUAUUGAUUUAACGCAGCAGUGGUUUUGGGAUAAAACUGUUUUAUUAAUUUCUAAAUGAAUUGUGCCAUGCUUGUGGGAAGCUGACAUCUCAACAUUGACAUCUCCCUCUCCUCCAUUGUGUGAUCUGAUAGUUUUUUGCAGAGGGUGAUGGUACAUUUUGACUUGAGUUCAUUUAGGUUUCGUCUCACUUGUUUUGUUGUGAUGCAGAGCUUUAACUUGAAGUUGAUCGUUAAAGGUAUUUAGUUUGAAAAAGGGGACUUUUCCUACACAAUGGCAGAAUGGCUUAUCUUACGGCCCUGUACUGUGACAUACCUGUUAACUAAAACAAGGAAAUUAAUCAAAUAAACGAUCCUCCUUCCAAUUAUAGAUGAGUGCAAUAUUAAUAUUUAAGCUAUGCAAAUUCUACCUGAAAAUAGAUUACAUAAUCAAGUUAUAUUUUAGGUGAAUGCGCUACAUUCAACUACUACAAUAUCUAAAAUUGUCUGUAAUACACCUCAAUAAUAUGAUCUAUCUUACUCUUAACUGAGUUUAAGUGUAUUAAAGGACCAUCAACAUAAACACCCACUGUACUCUGACUAUUUCUCUCCUCAGGAAGUUUCCCGGUUGUAGAAUAGUAUAUAGCAGCCCUGUUCUUUAAACAAUUUCUGUUCAUAUCUGCAUCACGGCUGUUGCAUGAAAAGAAACGGGUGUAUAGUAGUUAUGGCAUACUAGUUGGCUUAUUACAUACCUCCUCCUAAAUGUGGAUACACAAAUGCUCUUCAGUUUACCUUUUACUUAAGAUACAAAUAGUCAUACCUUUAAACCCUAAAAGUAGGCGAGACAGUUGAAGCUUAUACAGCACCUUAUUGUUUGAAUCACCCCCAUCCCCCACCUCUCUCCCUCAGUCAGAAAGUGUGAAUUAUCAAUCUUUGGCUCUAAUAUUUCACUUGAGAGCCUACAUGUACAUUUGUGAAUACUCUGCAUUUCAGUUGUAUUUAAGUUAAAAAUAUUCUGAAAAUAAAAUCUGGUGUGUGGUUUAUGAAGUUAAUAUUGCAUUGAAUUAUUUUUGGUUUCUGUGCACCAUGUUGAUGCGGGCAAAGUAUUGUGUGUGUGUGCACGCGCAUAGGCAGUUGAAGAUGUAAUUAUUUUCUAUGCACCCUCAGGCAUGCUAGAUAUGUUACGUGAACGUCAGCAUCACAUGCGUUGCCCAGUGGAGAGCUCCCCAUGUUGGCACUGACAAAAGCUCUGUGGGACAGAGGCGUCUCCAAGGGCAGCGGGAAAUCGGAGAGGGGAGAUGGUAUUUGGAACAGUUAUUAAUAACGGCACCAGGGAUAGGUGCCCAUUUGGAACGUCUGCGCACUUGAGGUUGCCCAUCUUUCAACACAAGACCGUCUUCACCAUUCUACUGGAGACGCAUGGAAGGCAGAGGAUGAUGUUGAUAUUUAAACAUGGGACGUCACUGGGCAUUAAAAACGUGUUCCCCCUGCAAUUUAUCAAUAGUAAAAUGAGUUUGGUUGACUUUGCAUGUGUUUUCCACUCCUACAUUUCCUAAUUCAGAUCAAGGGGGUUCGUUUUGAAAAACCAAAAACAACUUCAAGGUAUUUGUUAAUAAAAACUUUUAUUGUUUUUUCUAUUUUUGUUAGGUUUUCGGAUAUUUGUUCAGUCAGGGCAGCUCUUGCCCUUCUGACCUAUCCCAGUUUGUUCCUGUUGUGAUUCUUUCCUCAGUGAAUACAUCCCAGCUACCGCACACAACCAUUACACUCUCUACGAUCAAAAUAACAUCCUCAUACACUAAGCAUAUGGAAGAGAACAAAAUCAGAAACUGAGCAAGGGGAGGAAGCCAUAGAAAUUAAAAAUUCUGCAAGUGAAUGAGCAACAUGUACAGACUAGUAAGCCGUUACUACACACAAAAUGGAGUGUCUACAAACGAUAGAAACUGAACAGACCUCAGACAAAAGAGCAAGCUUGAAACAUUCAAAACUAACACCUGCACCAGCUAAGCCCAUACAA